AUGCUGAACACCGUCCUCCUCACCCUGUGGCUGGUCAGUGCCAAGCCGGACCUGGUCCUGGGCGCAUACAGUGCUCCCUCCCCAGUUCUGCCCUCCUGUUCAGAAGAUCCCUUCACACCUGGAAGGAGCGCCUUGGCUGCAGUGCAAAGGGUUGGGGAUGUGCCAGUGCUGUGGCCCCCCGACCCCUCGCAACCUGUUUGGCCGCUGAUCCACUCUCUUUCUUCCCUUGGAUUCUGUGGAACCAAGGCUGUUGCCCUGACAGAGAUUCAUCGGCCAGGAUACUGCUCCUUCUACGGGGACUGCGGCAGGAACCCAGAAAUCAACAGCAGCCUCAUCCUGGCCAAAGUGCCCUGCUUGUCCAACACCCCGGCCCGGCUGCUCUCCGGCUCGCACCUCAGCCGCCUGAAGGCUGUCUGCCCAAUGCUGUACACGGGGGACACGGCCACCUACGCCUGCUGCUCGGAGACCCAGCUGCAGUUCCUGCAAGACAGCUUGGCGAUGUCCCAAGUGCUGCUGUCACGCUGCCCGGCCUGCUCGGAGAACUUCGCCAACAUCUACUGCCAGAACAUCUGUAGCCCAAACCAGAGCACCUUCACCAACGUCACUCGCUAUUUCAACCGCACUGUCCAGGGCAGCCAGCUGCUGGGUGUCCUGGAGUACCAGUGUUUCUACAACCAGCACUUUGCAGACGCCUCCUUCAACUCCUGCAAGUCCGUCAGGCUGCCGGCCACCGGGGGCUAUGCCAUUGAAACCAUGUGCGGCAAGUACGGGCACACCUUGUGCAACACGCAGCGUUGGCUGGACUUCCAGGGGGAUUCUCACAAUGGGCUGGCUCCCCUGGCCAUCGAGUUUCGGCUGGUGCCGGAUGGCAGCACUGUGGUUGGGAAUGGCAUCAUGCCACUCAAUGGCACAGCCUGGAAGUGCAGCGAGGCCGUGCAGAACGGGACAGCGGAGCGGUGCACCUGCCAGGACUGUCCCCAGUCUUGCCCUGCCAUCCUGGGCCCCCCUCCUGCAUCCCAGACCUUCAAGGUGGGGGACAUGGACGGGAUCGUGUUUGUGUGCUGCCUUGUCGUCUGCCUUCUGCUGCUGCUGGUGGUGUCCUUCCUACUGUGGCGACGCUGUUCCUUGCCUGAGAAGCCGUCGGAGCAGUGCCCGAAGAGUCCCACUGCCUUCCAGAGGGUGAGCCAGGCGACCCAGGGCUUCCUGGCCAGGACAUUUUGCAGCUGGGGCACACUGGUGGCCUCCCACCCAUUCAUGGUCAUUGCCGCCUCGGUGGUGGUGGUGGCAGGGCUCUCCAGCGGACUGGUCUUCAUCCAGCUUACCACGGACCCCGUGGAGCUCUGGUCCUCCCCAGACAGCCUGGCCCGCCAGGAGAAAGCCUUCUAUGAGCAGCACUUUGGGCCCUUCUUUAGGACCAAUCAGGUCAUCCUGACAGCCAAGAACCGUUCCAGCUACACAUACGACUCUCUCCUCCUGGGCAGGAAGAUCUUCGGCGGGGUCCUCUCUCUCGAGGUGCUGCUGGACCUGCUGGACCUGCAGACCAGGCUGCAAAGCAUCAUGGCCUGGUCCGAAAAGCACAAAAGGAUGGUCUCCCUGACAGACGUCUGCUACGCACCCCUGAGCCCCCAGGAUCCCGGCCUCUCAGACUGCUGCGUGAACAGUGCACUGCAGUACUUCCAGAACAACCUCACUCACCUGAUGCUGACGGCCAAUCAGACACUCCAGGGAAAGAACGGCUCUGUGGACUGGAGGGACCACUUCCUCUACUGCGCCAACUCACCAGCCUCUUUCCAAGACAUCACAGAGCUGAAGCUGAGCUGCAUGUCUGACUAUGGAGCACCAGUGUUCCCCUUCCUGGCUGUUGGGGGCUACCCAGGGGUGGAGUACUCAGAAUCGCAAGCCCUCAUCCUGACCUUCUCCCUGAACAACUUCCCCUCCAGUGACAACCGUUCUGAUUUUGUGAAGUUGUGGGAGGAGCAAUUCCUGAAGAUCCUACAAGAAUUCCAGCAGGAGCAUGCUGAGAACUACACCAUUGCUUAUAUGGCUGAGCGCUCCAUGGAAGAUGAAAUUAACCGCACAACCUGGGAAGACAUCAACAUCUUUGUCCUCAGCUACCUGGUGAUCUUCAUAUACAUCACCAUGGCCUUAGGCAACUACACCAGCUGCAGGCAUGUCCUGGUGGACUCCAAGGUGACGCUGGGCCUGGGCGGAAUCCUUGUCGUGAUGGGGGCGGUCGUGUCCUCCCUGGGCUUCUGCUCCUUCGUGGGGCUGCCCUCCUCCCUCAUCAUUCUCGAGGUCGUUCCUUUUCUUGUGCUGGCAGUUGGUGCUGACAACAUCUUUAUUUUUGUGCUGGAGCUCCAGCGAUUGGAGCCAAAGCCUGGGGAAGCCAUAGAACGGCAUAUUGGGAGAGUCUUGGGCGAGGUCGGCCCCAGCAUGCUCCUCUGCAGCCUCUCCGAAGUUGUCUGCUUCUUCCUGGGUGCCCUGACCCCGAUGCCUGCCAUUCGCACCUUCGCCCUCAGCGCGGCCCUGGCGGUGCUCUUUGACUUCCUGCUGCAGCUCUCCAUGUUCGUGGCGCUGGUCUCUCUGGAUGCCCGCAGGCAGCAGGCCUCCCGCCCCGACCUGUGCUGCUGCCUCCGCCUCGAGGGAAGGGACCGGGGGGAGCGGCACCCGGGGCUCCUCUGCGCCUUCAUGGAGCGCUGCUACGCCCCUGUCCUGCUGCACAGCGUCACCCGGACCCUGGUGGUGCUGCUCUUCACCGCCCUGUUCUGUGCCAGCAUCUUCCUGGUGUUCAACGUGGAGGUGGGGCUGGAGCAGGAGCUGUCCAUGCCCGAGGACUCCUACUUGCUGCAGUACUUCCAGUACCUGAACCAAUAUUUCAUGGUGGGCGCCCCAACCUUCUUUGUCACCACCGGGGGCUACAACUUCUCUACAGUGCCUGGAAUGAACGGUGUCUGCUCCAGCUCGGGUUGCAAUAAUGACUCCAUGACGCAGAAGAUCCAGCAUGCCACAAAGUUCCCGAAGGAGUCCUUCCUGGCCAUCCCCUCCAACUCCUGGGUGGAUGACUUCAUCGACUGGCUGAGCCCCUUUUCCAGCUGCUGCCGCAUGCACCCCUUUGGCCCGCAGCAGGGCCAGUUCUGUCCCUCCACCAGCCCUUCCCUUCUCUGCUCCUUGAAGAGAUGCAUGCCCCUCACAAGCGGGACGCUCCGGCCGGACGUCCAACAAUUCAACAAAUACCUGCCCUGGUUUCUCCACGACAAGCCCAACCUGAAGUGCCCCAAAGGGGGCCUUGGUGCCUAUGACAGCUCUGUGCGGCUGGCUCCCGACGGGCAGAUCUCAGCUUCCCGGUUCAUGGCCUACCACACGCCCCUGAAGAACUCGCAGGAGUACACAGCAGCGCUGAAGGCUGCACGGGAGCUUGCAGCCAGCAUCACGGAGAGCAUGCGGCAAGUGCCUGGCACCGACCCCAGCUUCCGGGUCUUCCCAUACACGAUCACCUACGUGUUCUACGAGCAGUACCUGACCAUCGCCAUGGCUGGCUUCAUCAGCUUGACCAUCUGCCUGGUACCCACCUUCCUGGUGUGCUUCAUCCUGCUGGGCAUGGACCUGCGCUCGGGCCUCAUCAACCUGCUCACCAUUAUCAUGAUUGUGGUGGACACGCUGGGAGCUAUGACGCUGUGGGGGAUCUCCUACAACGCCGUCUCGCUCAUCAACCUGGUGACCGCGGUGGGCAUCUCAGUGGAGUUCGUGUCCCAUAUUACCCGCUCCUUCGCUGUCAGCACCAGGCCCAGCAAACUGGAAAGGGCCAGAGAAGCCACCGUCAACAUGGGGAGCGCGGUGUUUGCUGGUGUGACCAUGACCAACCUGCCCGGCAUCGUGGUCCUGGCUUUUGCCAAGGCCCAGCUGAUCCAGAUCUUCUUCUUCCGCCUCAAUCUCAUCAUCACACUCCUCGGGACGCUGCACGGCCUGGUUUUCCUCCCGGCUAUCCUCAGCGUAUUUGGGCCUGACGUCAGCCUGUCCAGGGUGCAAGCACAGACAAAGCAGCAGCCACAGCAGCAGAAAGAGAGCAGCCUGACCUUUACCAACAGCUCUGCUUUUGAAGACGGAGAGAGUCUAAGGGCAGGAUGUGGCCAGUGCCAGGAUCAAGAGAGACCCAAGCAGGGGGAAUCUUGAGGAGCUGGGCAGCAGCUUCCCAAGCAGAGGUGGCACUUCAAAAUCCCUCCACACCAACAGGACUAAGCGCUUGGGCAGGAAUUGGUGUCGUCGGACUCAGAGAGGAAGGGGGCCACGGCAGCAGAGCUGGGCUCUGUUCUGUGCCCCAGUGUCCGUGGGUCAGCUGAAGUGAAGGGCCAGGGGAUGGGAGGGGGGCAUGGCUGUGCUGGCGCACUUUCCACCAGCCUGAGUAAGAUGGGGAGCAGGAGGAGGAGAAUGUUGUGAGCCGCUUUGAGUGACUUAAAAAAGAGAAAGGGCAGGAUAUAAAUCUAAUAAAUAAAAUAAUAGCUG